GUUUCUCUCGCGGAGAUUCGUCAGUCGAUUUACCGUUCCGCGAUACAUUCUUCGCACGUACACGCCGGGGAAACGCGUAACUCGAUCGGAACACGAUGUUCCGCGGAAGUUUGCGCCUGUACCCGGCAACCAUCGUUGUCUACUGAAUUCUAUCCCGUUCCUCCCUCCCGCCGCCGCUUUGUUGUCGUCAUCGUCAUCGUCGUAUUCGUCGAAACGUCGCGAAACUAUAAUUACCAACGAAUAGACAGCGGAACUAAAGGAGGAGAGACACAUACAGGUUGGUUUAACAGGAGGUGAAGAAGAAGAUUGUUAGAGUAGUUAGUAGCGGGGCCCGGAUGCACGGUGAAAUACCGUGUGAGAUUCUUCCAAGGUUCCACGAGUUCUUCACUUUCUCUACCUAUACGACGAACUGGAAGGAAGUUAAAAGCACGAUUCGAGUGAGAAUCUAAAUAAAGAACUAUGCAGAGACGUGGAUGAGCAGUGGGGCGGAGCUGGCUGCCGCGGGGAAUAUGUGGUGAGUAAGAAUGGUACAGCGAGCCGCAUGCAGCAUCGAGGCGAACACAUUCCCCAAUGGCGUACGGAUCAGCGACCGGGAAGGAAGAACGUCGGACGUUGUCGCGACGGAAACGUCCGUAGACCAUCUAGGACGCGGGAACGCGAGAUUUUCAUUGUUCAAGUGGUUCAAACGUGGCUCCGGUAAUCGGGAAUCUACGGUGGAUAAACGUCGGAAAACGAACAACGACAAGUACAGAGAGAACGAUGACGAACGUCAGAAGAGUGUCUCGUCGAGCGUGGAAAGUGUAGACACGGUUUACAGUACAACUACCGUGCGUAGUUUCGCCUUUCACACUGGCACCCUGGGCAGAUGCAAUGGAUUGUCGCUAGACAUCCUCGAACAAGCAGCCGAAGUUGGCCCGUUCGCGGCUGGAGCCUCGAAAGUUACAGUUGGCAACAAAGAGAACGAAUUGGCGGAUGUUGCCUCUACUCUACCAACGAACGCGCACUCCUACAGACGAGACAUAACCGCUAGAUACUCGUUACAACCUACCGCUACGUUCAACUCCUGCGGAAAUCUUCCGCUGCCCGACCGAAGGAUAUUAGAAUCGUUGAAGAGAUUGGACGAUCGAAAGGCGCAUUACAACGUGAACUCGACGCGCAGGAGGGUGCACGUGAAGGGUAAGAGAAAAGCGCCGAAUCCUCCAGUGACGUCGAGUAAAAUAUCGGAGGUAGAUGCACGCGAAACACCGAGGCACAGUUGCAGGCGUAAGCGACCCGCGCCUAAACCGCCGGAGAAGAACACAGAGAGUAGUUCGUCCGCGAAAAAGUGCGAGACUCCGGUUACCGCAGAUGGCGGAAUGGACGUAGAAACGCGGACGGAUUCCGAGGACGUGCAGACUCUCAGCAACGACACGCUUGUACUUCAGGGCGGUGUUCUGCUGCCGAAAAGGGAGAUUAAACAGAAGUCGAGGGAGACGAGUGUCGGUUCGUCUGACAUCGCCGUUCUGCCGGAUAGCACUAGCACGGCCGGUAACGUGGCCACGCUGAGCACAGCCAUGCCACGACCUUGGUACAAACGAAGCGUCUUCGAACAUUCUCGGGAUUCCGGGCCGUCCAGGCGUGGCGAUGUUCUCCGAGGGCCUGCAACGUCGACCAUCGAAAUAAAAGAAGAAUGCGCCGCGACGAACACGGCCGCCUCUUCCGCCAGCUACUCCAUGGACGCCUCUUUGUCCAGGCUGAGCUUUUUCCAUCGCGGAGGACAGUCGGAGGAUAGAAAGAGGGAGGCUAAACGAAAGUCCGGCCUGUCGAUCUUGACGAACAUCAGCGAGCUCGACAAGGAAGCCGCGGCUAUCGUUCAAGAGGAACAAGCUAGAGCCAGAGCCUCGAUGCUCCUCAAAUCAUCGAGAUACGUGGACGCUUUCGAGAAGAGGAGCGAGAUGAACGAAGAACUGGUACAGGACAUCGUGACGUCGGCGAUGGAAAGUUCGUCGCCCAGACGAGGCACGCGAGCGCUCAUCUCCAAGUUCAACGCCAUCAGCAACAUCACCAAGGUCACGGUGAACGCCAACUUCUUCGCGAGGAACGCCAGGGAUCAGCAACCUACGAAAUUCGAGAGGGACGUGGUGAGAAACGCGAGACCCUUCGAGCAUCCUAACGAAUGGAAGGAGCAUCCGAGAUUUCCGGUUCAGUCUAAUUCUGGACAAGCCGGCAACAUCGACAAGGAUAUUUCCAGAUACUUUCCUCCUCAGCCGAAGGCUAAUAGGAACAAGUUAGAGAACACCGAGAUGGGUGCGAAAAUUUGUGGAACCAAGAUAACCAAGGAACAGAACGAUAGAUUGGCGAGUGAAACUUCGAACAGAAUAUCUUUCUUACAGAGUCAAUUAGUUGCUAAUCGGAUGAACGACAAGACUCCUCAGAGGGACAGUGCAACAUCUCUGAUAGAGGAAAAAAUGAAACCGAGACAGGAAGUUGCUAACGAGAGGAAAGAAAGGGAGACAAAGGCGGGCAACGAAGAUCCACGGGGAUACAAGUUUGGGGACGCGAAGGAACGCAGAGCGUCGAAUAUCUUCGAGGAGCCGAGAAAACUAGACAAGCAACAAUUCGAGGGUGUGCAGAAGGAGUUCUCGGACAUAUUCGACGAGAUCGACAAGCAGCUACGUAUGAAGGAGCUGAAGCUGAUCGAUCGUCGAGGAGGCCGCACCGGGAGGAGCACGCCAGCCACUAAUCAGAGAGGUAAAGUUCACGAGGAGGAAGCUGGAAUAUCAAGUAAGGUGACUAAAGUGCUCGAUAUCCUGGUGGAGGCGGAGAAAGACGCGAAGACAAAGAACGUGGCACAGUUGGAAAAGUCGAUACCCGUCGAGGAGGCUUCACGUUCCAACGAUCGAAACGCGAACGCGAAAUCAUCGAGCAAGACCAGAUCGCCGUUAUUGAACACCGUCGAGGAUCCAAUCACAACGGAUUUAAAGGAGAUGUUGAAGGAAAUGAAACACUCGUUACCAAAGCGCUCCAAGCCUGGCAAGAUUGUGACACGUAACACCGACGUGACAGAGAAACCGGCAACGGAGAAGGAAACAACCGGCGCGCCGACGAGCAAGACUACGUAUUUCGUUUCCGCGGUGACGAAAGUCGAGAAUAUCGCGCUGCAGAACGACUACGAGCUGGACAAACAGAAGGUGUCGUGUUCGGUGCAGACCAGUGGAAAUAUACGGAGAUUGAAUCAACCCUCCACGUCCGCGGAGCAACCGUCUACGUCUGGAUGGAAGCAGGAGAACGUUCUUUACAAAACGUCCGGAAAGAAUCUGGGUGGUAGCGGAUUGGUGAAGAACACGUUCCAAUUGAUACGACCGCGAGACUUUGCCGAAAUCGAAGCGACGAAAACGACUAAGACUGCACACCGCGAGAACACUUACGCUAACGUGAUCGAGCAAUCGAUCUACGCAAACGCUCAUGUUCCUCCUUCGCCUAAGCAACGUAGCGCUAAUUCACCGAGGAAUAACGUGAGAAAUAUUAGCAACGAAAAACCUAGUACACCGCCGAGAAUCGAGAAGAAGUUGCCUGUGAACGAAGACACGUUCGAGGGUAGCGAAGAAGAUGACAAUUCAACGGAGAAGAACAUGAACACACUGGCCAUAAACCGAUUACUCAGAAAGUUAGAAGCGGCAAUUGCAUCUGGUCACCAUCAACAAGCAGCGGGUUUGGCAAAGGAGCUAGCACGGCUUAAGAUCCAUUGUUCCGUGAUUCGACAACGAUCAGCUCGUCUCAAAGAUCAGUUGAUUAAAGUCAAUAUGUACAUUGAGGACAAGCUUGCUCACCAGGGACCGAUACCACUUCAGCUGCCGAGUAGGAUGACGGUGGCUGAGCUGAAGACGAAGAUACACACGGAAUUCGAGAUACCGACGAACGUGCAACGGUGGAUCAUUGGGAAGAAUUUGGCGGAUCGCGACGAGGUGACACUCAACGAAUUACAGGCUGUCGACGGAUCUCCUGUAUUUUUGUAUCUCGUUGCACCAGAAUUAAGGCCUGAAAGUGUGAUACGAGUGGAGAAAACUAACGAGACAGAGGAAGUGGCAAAUGUGAUAAACGAUGAUACGAGUGCGCCGACGGAAGUACUGCAGAUCGUUGAGGAGAAUCGUGAAGUAGUCGAAGGACCUCAGGAGACAGAGGAGAGGAACACACCAGAGGAGGUGAAAAUGGACAGGUACGAGGAAUUAAUUUCUCUGGAAAAUUGCGACGUUAUACCUAACUCCGAGCCGAUUGAAUGUCCCGUAUGCUUCGUUACAUACGGUCCUCGCGAAGGGGUGAUUUUAAGAGAUUGCUUACACAUGUUUUGCAGAUCAUGUAUUGCUAAUACCAUUCGAUACUGCGAAGAAGCCGAAGUGAAAUGUCCUUACAGAGACUCAGAGUACACCUGCGAGUCGACCCUCCAAGAACGUGAAAUUAAAGCACUCGUCGAACCAGAGAUUUACCAGCAACAUUUGGCUAAAUCGAUCGCUCAAGCGGAGAACAACGCAGGGAACAAUGCGUUUCACUGCAAAACUCCAGACUGCCCUGGAUGGUGCAUUUACGACGACGACGUAAACAACUUCCUUUGUCCUGUGUGCGGUGCAAACAAUUGUCUCACUUGUCAGGCUAUACAUGCUGGGAAAAAUUGCAAACAGUACCAGCAAGAAUUGAGAUUUUCCAAGGAAACCGAUCAAGAGUCGAGAAGAACAGCUGAAAUGCUGGAAGAUAUGGUGGACAGAGGCGAGGCACUCGCCUGUCCAACUUGUGCAGUUGUACUAAUGAAAAAAUGGGGUUGCGAUUGGUUGCGCUGCUCGAUGUGCAAGACUGAAAUAUGUUGGGUAACGAGAGGCCCACGUUGGGGUCCAGGAGGAAAGGGGGACACAUCCGGAGGCUGUAGAUGCGGUGAAAAUGGAGUCAAGUGUCAUCCUCGUUGCAAUUACUGUCACUGAGAACCAUCGUAAGAUACAAUUACCGCUGACUACGUACGACCAACGAGUGUGCUCGCACAAUGGGAAGAAAAGAAGGAAAGAAAAAAAGAGAGAAGAAAAGAAGAGAACGUGGCUGCACCCAAAAAUAUUUUUAUACCUUUAUCAAUGUUCCCGUGUAAGGGAAGAUAAACCGCUAGUCAAAGCGUGACACACAGCUUGAUAUCUAUUUAAUAACGAGUUUGUUAACCGAUAAAGCUGAUACUGAUAAGUUACAUACGUAUACGUUAAAUACGCUGUGCUUGCUCAACGAUUAACCUUAUCGCGGAACCGUCCUUCGUGGAAUUGGAUGCAAUUAUU